AAUGCAAAUGAGACAAAGGUAAAAGGUCAGUAUGUCACAGAUCAGCUGGUCAGAUGCCGCUUCAAUCAGACAGGUGUUUUUAAGAUUGCUGUCAGCAGUAAUGGCCAGAACUACAGCAACUACUUGUCCUACAUUUGCUUUGAUUCAGUUUGUGACAACUGCACAAAUUCAUCAUGUGUCCCAAGGACUGACGUGUGUCACAUUGGAGGUCAGUGCUAUGCAGAUGGCUACUACAACCCUGGUGCUCCCAACUUACUCUGUCAGCCAAUUUAUUCUGCCACUAACUGGACUAAAAUUUCAGCCAGCAGGAUUGAAGAGACACGUCUUAUUUUCACUAGCAUCAAUCAGACACACUUAUCAAGCACAGCCGGUUGGCUGUUGAUCUAUGGACAGUUAACUAAUGUCACUUACAAAGGAAAGUUCACUGUGAUCUUCGGAGGAAGUGGAGCAAUCAGUCUAGGCUCCAUCUCAACUCCAUGCCUGAGAGACUUUGAUCAGUGCCAUUUUGGUUUUACAAUUUCACUCUUCAUCAAAUUUAACCAGCUGGUGGAGAAUGGCUACUUGCUGAACAGCUGUGGCAAUGACGCAGAUGCCACUGGUCUGGCUGUCUUCUACCGGCAGAAGAGGUUGUUCUUUGUGGUGACCACCCAAACCCUGGCAUGGACUGUGUACUUACAGAGUAUAGACACGGAGCACUUUCUGGAGUUGGAUAUUUCUUGGAGCUUUCAGUCAGGCCUCCAGGUUUAUGUCGACCAGCAAGUGGUGACACAGACAGACAAACCUAGCACUCGCAGAAAUAUUCCACAGAAGAAAAGAGCAUGCGAUCUCACAGUUGGCAGACGACCAUCAGAUUCCAUCCUCUCACUAUUGUUUGAGCUUCAGACUGUACACAUUAUCUACGCUGACAAGAGAGUCAUUGAUAGUGUUGGCAUAGUCACUGGAUACCCACAAAUUCAUAAAAAACCAGAGCUGACAAUUUCAGUCGAUGAGGUGAUGGAAGAAGUGAACUUCACUUGUAAAUUUGACCGAUUAAAAGAUUUAUCUUACCUGUACUACAUCACUUUCUUCAUGGACAACAAGACGCUUCUUGGACCAGUUGAAGACACCGAUAUUCCAGUUCUGACAGAAAACUAUCUGGGCGAUUUGACAUAUGGCAGCAUGCUCUCUUGCUCAGUGUGGGUGUGCUCAGCUACUUCCUGUAACAACACAAGGGGAGCAGACUCUGUCAGUGAAUUUUUGGUUGUCAAGGUUGAGCUUCAGACAACUGAACUGGUCAUCUCUGAAGGUGACACUGGAACCAUAUCUGUGGUCAGCAAUAUACCACCACGACUCUUCUGUCCACCCAUGGCUAGAGACUCAUGUCAGGUCAGAAUACUGGUAGAGGUUCGGGCUGCCAGGGAAAGCAAGUGUCUUGAUGGCAGAAUAAUCCCUCAGGCUGUCCUAGUGUGGUCAGGUGUCAACCAAAGUGAAGCUUUCUGUGGCAUCUCAGUGACCACAAUCACCUGGAGACAGAAACUGGAGCUGCAGGUCAAAGGAGUCGUUGAUAGCCUUCAUGACACUGACCAGAAACGGACACUUGUGGUCUCUGCUACCAUCAUCUCUACUACUGUGUAUAACAGAACCGAAGACAUUGGAAGUGUUCAGGUAACCAUUGUGGACAUGGACAGAAGAGAAACAUGCAGCUCUCUCAAUGAUCCACAUGUGACAACUUUCUAUGGCAGAUCUUAUGACGUAUUCCUGGAAGGAGAAUUUGUCCUGUACAAACACAAGACUCUUCCAUACGUGGUUCAUGCCUUCUACAAGUCCUGUAACAAACGUGCAUCCUGCAACUGUGCAGUUGCCAUUCGAGUCAAUGAUGAUGUUGUGGUACUGGAUAAAUGCUCACCUGACAACAGCAGUGUUCAACCUUUCACCUUGACCCUUUACAGAAAUGAUGAACUGGAGCCAGGUUUUCGCAUAUAUCAAUCUGUCAAUAAUGAAUACACUAUAUAUCUUCCAAAUGGAGAUAUUAUCUAUGUUAGUGUUCAGAAGAGCAGACGCUACAAGAAUUUUCUCAAUGUGUGGGUUCAAGCUACUGGAGCCAGUUUCAAUAAAACUGAAGGUCUUUGUGGAACAUUUGAUGGGAAAGACUCCAACGACUUGCAGCUAGCAGAUGGAAAUGUUUCCGCUGAGACUGGAAGGAAACCAAACAACUUCAGUCUGUCAUGGAGAGUCACUGCUGAGAAUUCUCUAUACAAUGGUUUCUGUGGGGCAACUUCCCAUGAUCAGAGAGACAUCUACUGUGAAUGCCAGCACAAGGGCACUCAUGUUUGUAGCCAGCGACGUGACGUCUUUCAGUGUGCCCAAGUUGACCAGAGUGAUAUUUCCAAAACUAAUAAUGGACGCUUCAAGAAAGACAAAGAUAUAACAAGUUCUCUCAUUGCUGCAAGCCCAGACAACCCAGCCAAGUGUACCACCACCGAACCACAGCCAGACUUUACUUAUAACACCACUUAUAUUUACGUGGAAGGGCAGUCAAACAUUACAGUUGAAGUUGCAACCAUUUUCUGCCAAAACGAGAUUGCUGCCAUGUCAUCAGCUGCUCAAUGCAGCAAGAUUGUGGGAUCAACAUUCCAGUUGAUACAGAACUUCUGCAUCAGAGACUACAUGAUCACAGAAGACACAGUCUGGUCACAGGUGGCUGUUGCUAACAUCAGGAAACAGUGCUUGAUUAUCUCCAGCAUGGACGCCACUCUGUGGGUCACAGAGGAUGGUGACAUCCCUAAAUUACCAGAUGCUGUGAUUAACCUAUGUCCUAAUAACUGCAGUAACCUUGGCAACUGUAGCUAUGGUGUGUGUUUGUGCAGUGCUGCACACGCAGGUGAUGAUUGCAGCCUUGACCUCAGCAAACCUCCAGAGAUCAUUUCCAUUCAGGAUGGAGUCUUUUGUGACAGUCAAGUCAAAAACUGUUCCUCUGUCAUCAUUUAUGGUGCUGGUUUUGUCAAUUUUGACUCACUGAACUGCAAACUUGUGGAAAUCAGGGCAACCAUGACAGGCUAUGAGACAACAGGAAAUGAAACAAUUGUAAAUGCCACAUUCAUCAGAGAGGACACCAUUGUAUGUUCCCUGGACACCUUCCAAAUAGUCAAUAUCAGUUGUGCCAACAUUGACAAUGUUUACAGUACAACGACACUGCUCCGAGUGACCUACAACUCACUCUGCCAGACUUGUGACAGAGACAGUCAUAUCUGCUUCAUACGCACGGAUGUUUGCAACUUGGGUGGUUUCUGUUAUGAAGAUGGCUUCAUAAACCCAGAGAACAGAGCAGAACAAUGCAGUCUAACAAACAGAACUACAUGGACUAAAAUCACUGGUAAAGAUAUUGAGCACGCUCGUUGGGAUUUUCUCAGGAUUGUCAACAGUACUUUGAUCACCAAGAAAAAUAACCUAACACUGAUGGGCUCACCUGUCUUAGUUCCUGGCAAACUUGGAGGCUUCGUUCUCAGCCUGAAUGGACUCUCCCAGUGGGCACAGUAUCCCGCAGCCACUGUCUGCCCCUGGGAUCUGGAGAAGUGUCGUCUGGGCUUCACUUUUUCCUUCAAUUUCUUGAUACAGCAAGUCAAAGCAGAAAUGGUGAUAUUUAGCAGCGGUGCUGAUGAUCCUGCCAGAUGUGGCCUGGCUAUGUGGAUUUCCCAUGGACGCUUGUACCUUCGUGUCAGCACAAAGACCAGAGAAUGGACUGUGGUGACCACUGCUGUCAGAUUUCAUGAAUUUUUGACCAUCAAGUUUUCAUGGAGUGUUCAGACAGGUCUCAGGUUGUACCUUGGAGACAAACUUGUGGCCUCACAGAUGAGAUAUACAGUGAGGACCCGCACCAACAUAAAUGUCAGCACACAGCUGACUUUAGGAACAAAUGAGGAAAAAAUAAUUUUCUCUGAGAUUCUCAUUGGUGGUUUUGAUGUUAUCAACAGCACAGAGGAGACACUGACGGCUGUAAACAUUAGCUUCUACACUCCAGCUUUUGAAAAAGGACCAGAUCUGAAGGUGCAGACAGAGAAUGUUACAUCAGCCAUAAGACUGGUUUGUAGCUUCACAGCCCUGCAGCAACAACAGCAAGAACUUUACAUCUACACAGUGACCUGGUACAGAAAUCAGCUGAAACUGCAGACUUUGACUCUAGGAAAUGAGACUUUUGGCAUUCUGCAGGAAAGCCAACUUGGCAUGUUGAAUUAUGGUGACAAGAUCUCAUGUGGGGUAUCUGCUUGCAUCAGUGCUGACUGUAACAACACCCAGGGACCUGAGAGGCUGAGUGACGUCUUGGUGGCAGAGUUAACUAUUCAGCAGACGAAGAUUACUGUGACAGAAGGUGAAAGAUCUUCUCCGAUAACCAUCAAGUCCACACUGCCACCUCGAGUCUUCUGUCCCUCCAACAUUUCAACUACCGACUGUGUGCUCUUCAUCUCAACUCUGUUCUUACAAAAUGAUAGAGAACUGAAGUGUCUGGACAAGCAGAGGGUGCCACAAGCUGUACUUGUCUGGAGCUCUGUCUCACACAAUGAUUCCAGCAGUACCUUGUGUAGAGUGGCCAUGACCUCACUCAACUGGCUGUCAGGGGUCAACAUAUCAGUUCAGGCUGGUGUAGAUGGCCUAAAGGAUAGAACACAGAGAAGACUGCUGGAGGUCAACGUGAUGCUACAGAUCACAAACAGGAUUCUGUGGACCCAAACUGUCAAUGUUAUUCAGGUGGAAGUGAAGGACAAAGAUGUGACAGCGGAAUGUAAAAUCAUUGGAGACCCUCACAUUUACACUAUUGAUAACGGGUUUUUUAACAACUACUUGGAAGGACAGUUUCUACUGCUUAGAAACAGAGAACUGGACUAUGAGGUUCGUGUCUUUCUGCGGAGAUGUACGGACUAUCAUUCAUAUGCUUCCUGUGUUUGUGCUGUGGCUGUACGAUCAAACGAUGAUGUCAUUGUCAUAGAUAAAUGUGGAGCAGGACAAGGAGAAACCAAUGUUUUCCAUCCCAUGACCAUCACUGCCUACUUGAAUGGAGAGCUGACUUCAAACACACGCAUCUUCCGAUCACGGGAUGAGACAAUAACAAUCAAGCUGCCCAGUGGAACACACAUCAGCACAGCAAAAAGUCUCAGAGACAAGUACUUGAAUGUGUUUGUUCACCCCUCGGUGCUGGACAUCCAGAAAGUCGAAGGCUUGUGUGGCAAUUUUGAUGGUGACCGUGACAAUGACAGGUGGCUCAGUUCACUGAAUCGUGUGGCUGAAGAUGACGAUGAAUUAUCAGCUUCCUGGAGAAUCACAGAUGCAGAAGAAUCAAUCUACACAGGAGUUUGUAUGAGACCAGCCAUGACACCAGCCCUGAUGACAUCCUUCUGUGACUGCCAUGUGAAUUCUCAGGCCUGCUCCAGUGACCUAGUCAGCUUCUCUUGCAGCAGCCCAACUAGAGUCAGCUCCCCAGCUGAGAAAGACAUCACAGCACAGGUGAUCCAAGACAAGAGCACCCAGAAGCCACCUCGGAAGUGUCUGACCUCACAGCCUGGACAGGAGUUUGAAUACGACCAAACUUAUGUUCACCAGGUGACUCCCUGGCCAACUGAUGGACUUACAUUUGACAAAGCUGUUAUUGAAUGUCGGAAGACAAUUGAAGCCAGCUCAACCUUUGAGAAAUGUCAGAAGAUAAUUGGAGAAGAGCUGACAGAGACCAUAGACAUGUGUGUCCUUGAUGCGCAGCUGUCAAAGAACUUGACUUGGACCAGCUCGGCUGUGAAGACAUUCAUCCAUCGGUGUCAGACCUUGAUUGAGCUCAGUGUCGACCUCUGGGUAAAUGAAACGAUCAAUGGAACACAAGAUGUGGAAGUGCCUCCAGAUCUGCUAGAUGUCCUUCAAUGUGCCAGCAACUGUAGUGGGCGUGGCCAGUGUUUCAGUGAUGGAUGCCAGUGUGACGAAGGUUACCUCGGAGAUGAUUGUUCUGUCAGUGCCCAGACACCUCCGGCAGUGUUUGAGCCACCAGACGGAGUCUGUGAUGUCAGACUGUCUGAAUGUUUGUCUGUCACCAUCAUUGGAACUGGAUUUGUGCAUUCCUCCAAGCUGGUCUGUUAUGUUCAAGCAAUGAAGAGAGUCAACAACACUUUCAGUGUGAUGGCCAACAGCAGCUACAUCGAGGUCAAUGCAACGUACAUCAGCUCUGAGAUGGUCAUUUGUUCACUACCAGCAAGUGGUGUUUACACGGUUGUGGUCAGCAAUGUAGGAAAUAUCACAGUCAUCAGUGCUCAAGUCAUAUUUGUCAGCUUUGAUGCUGUCUGCUAUGAUUGUACCAAAGAUGGCUGUAAUCUCAAGAUGAACAUCUGCAUCAUUGAUGGCCAAUGCUAUGGCCUAGGAUUUGUUAACAGGAAGAACACACAGCAGACCUGUGUGGCCAACGCAAGUACAUGGACAAACAUUGAACGUUCAGAUAUCAAGACAAUUGUGUACAGUUUUAUCAGAAUUGAUGUCAAUCGGCUGAUCACACGGGAAGUGAAUUUCACAGUGACUGGAAACCCAAUGCUGGUGAAUUUGUCCAGUGAUUCCAAAAACCUGGCAGUUCAACUAAAUGGCAUUGACCAGUUUGUAAAUUUGUCAUCCAUAGAGAGGUCCAGCUGUUUGUGGGAUCCUGGCACUUGCAGAUUUGGCUUGACUGUCUUAUUUGGUCUCAAGGUGCUGAAUCUGAAGGAGGGAAUGUAUAUCUUCACUAGUGGAGGUGAUGAGAAAGACAACUACGGUGUGGCCAUGUUCUACAGAUAUGGCAAGUUUUUCCUGACAGUCAGUACCCACAUGCAAGAAUGGACAGUGUUCACUGACAAAAUUGUUGUCAAUGUUUCUGUUAGUGUGCAAUUCUCCUGGAGUAUUCAGUUUGGUCUCAGUCUCUAUCUAGAUGGCAUUAAAGUGGCAACUUCUACCAGGUUCAUUUACCGUAACGUUUUAACACGAAAGACCUUCAACUUCUGUCUGGGUCGCAGCGUAACAGUCAGCAGCCCGGCUAUCUAUGCUGCAAUCAUUAUAGAAGGCUGGAAGGUUGUCUACGCAUGUCAGGAAAUAGAUGAGGCUGUCCUGGAGCAAACAACAACAGUGACAACAACUGCAGCAACUACCAACAUCACCUCUUCAACUGCAGCAAUAACUGUGACAGGAACUGGCAAUACCUCCUCUUCAACAGCAGCCAUAACUGUGACAGGAACUACCAUCUCCUCUUCAACAAUUGUGAAUACAACAAGAGCUGCACAAUCAAAUGACACCAGCACAAUCACAG